CUUCGCCACCCUAGGAAAAACUAUCCCUGCUGGGGGAGGGACACAUGCUAACCGGUUAACAUGAGCUUCAGAUCGGACUGCCGUGACAUCUGUGCUUCUGACACUGAGCACGACAACAACUGUGUGUGGUAAUGAGACGCUGAGCGAGUUUGAAAGCUGAGUUUUGUAUAUGUUUUGGUUCAAGAACUCAGCCAUGUCGGGAGCGUUAGCAAGGCUGCUCUUCUACCCGACUUUAGCCUACAAUGUUGUCAUGGAGAAGGUGUCGUCGAGGCGGUGGUUCGACCGAGUGGACCGGACCGUGAUCCUCGGAGCGCUGCCGUUCAGAUCCAUGACAAAACAGCUGGUAGAAACAGAAAACGUCCGAGGGGUCGUCACCAUGAACGAGAAGUAUGAGACCAAAUAUUUCUGCAACUCAGCCGAGGAGUGGCGGGCCGUCGGCGUGGAGCAGCUGAGGCUGAGCACCAUCGACCUCACCGGCGUCCCCAGCCUGGAGAACCUGCACCGAGGCGUCGAGUUCGCCCUGCAGCACAGAGAGCGAGGGACCAGCGUUUACGUCCACUGUAAGGCCGGACGCUCCCGCAGCGCCACGCUGGUCGCUGCGUACCUCAUACGGUUACACAGUUGGACUCCAGAGGAAGCCUGUGAGAAGCUGGCGUCUGUCCGGCCGCACAUCCUGGUUCGCUCGGCUCAGCUGGAGAUGCUGAGGAAGUAUCACCAGCAGGUGUGCGGACAGUCCGGCUAAGAGAGCGCGGAGCGGCGGGUCGGACCUCAUCCUGUUCCUGCAGCAGCGGGAAGACUGGACUCAGAGCUUUAUUUGAAGUCACGCUGACGUGAAACAAAGCUGUUUUCUUUUCAGAAAAAUCCUCCAUAUCAUACUGUACACCCACCGAAGAGUAAAUGCUGAAAUAAUUGUUCUUUUUAAAUCAGAUUCUCUUGAGUUUUACUGGGAAAUGGAAGGUUUUUAGUUGUUAAUUCACAACGGAUCAGUAAGCAGAAAUGUAUAUUUUUACAUUAUCAUGAAGGUUUUGUCACCCUCAUCAUUUUUUCCUUUAAUUUCCUGAUUGUGGCUAAAACAAAAAAAAAAUAUCUGGAAUUAUUGAAGCUCAGAAUUAUAUUAAAAGAAAUGUAACUUUUAAAAUAUAUAAACAAUCCCUCCUUUUUUCAGCAAAAAUUACUUCCAUAUUCCAACGUUGCAGUCAUGUUUUCUUGUGGUUUAAUCAUAAAAAACACUCCAAGCAUUUGACUUGCCUUUGGAUUGCAGUGUCACAAUACGAUGAGGACGUUUUACAGCAAAAUUCAGCAUCGAAGCGUUUACUGUGCUCAGUGGAAAACUUUCCUAUUGUGCCUCACAGCAUGAAAACAUAUUGACAGUUAAUUGUUGAUGAAUGCAGGCUGAUAGUGUUUGCAAAUGCUGUGAUGUUACUGUCAAAUACAUGUAUGUAUGUAUAUGUGUGCAUACAGUUAGUAAUGUGAUGUGAUUGCAUGAAAACACAAGUUACUCUCUGACUAAACGCUGUUCUGUCUCACAAGAUAUUUGAUGUAAAACAAGCUUUUCAGCCACAGUGAAGUACUCAUAUUUCAAAACUGUUGUUAGCUUUAGCCAUUGAGAGGAAACUUGAUACUGUUCCUCCAUAUUUCAGAUUGCAAUGUUGACGUUUGUACUCUACUGUAUUGAUCUGACGGCUGUAGCUGCUUUGCAGAGUGAUGGAAAGUCACAUUCAUGAGAUAAAAUCAUAAUGUUCAUUUAUCAUUUUUAUUCAUUUUUGCACCGGGGAUAAUUUGUAUUAUUAUUAUUAUUAAAGUGAUCAUUUUGUUCAUCUUCAAAGUGUCAACCUUUAUUGAAAUUAAAUAUAUUUGCAUAUUUA